CCAAAGCUUAUUCCUACUUGCCACAAGAUUUUUUAUCAUCAUUAGAUUUAAUUGUACAAUCUAAUAUUGAAAAAACUGGAUCUUUGGGACAUUAUAAUUUUACAGUUCAAGAGGCAUUAGACUUCCGUGCAAUGUCUGGUGGAUUAAUUAAUCUUAUUGUAACUGGUUCAGAACAAUUUCCUGGUUAUUUUAUUGGGCCUUUUUAUGAGAUUACCUUAUCAAUCAAGAUGACUAAAUUUCUUGUUCAAUAUUAUUCAAAUAUUUAUCCGAAUUAUAGCUUUCACAGUGAAAAUCAAAAACCAAAUUUAAAACAAUCAAUUCUAGUUUCUUCAACAGCCCGUCGAGCAAAAGCUCUUAAACUUGAAGAUGAAAUAUAUUAUCAUUUUCUUGUCAUAGUUGAUUGGUAUAAAAGAGAUCCACAAAAGCAAAGUUACUUUUAUGUCAAAUCAAAUGAUGAUAUAUUGUCUACAAAUGCAGAUAGAAGUUAUCAUGCUGAAUUAUGGGAAGAUCGAUUUAUUGAAUGA